AGCGGUCAGCUGACCAACCCGAAAGUGAUCAAUCGGCAGCUCGGUUUGUAAACACGGUGCGCGAGACGUUCAGCAUGGUUCGCUGCUUCCUGAUCCACACCGUGUGCCCGGUCGCUUCUCUCGGCCCCGGGGAGAGCCGCGUGCUUUACUCCCGGGUCUUCGGUCCCGACGUGGGCCUCUGGUCCGACCGGAACCGGGAGCUGAGCCCCGAGGAGAGGCGAGUCCUGCAGAAGGAGACGAUCAUGGUGGUGGCGAGGCAGGUCCACGGCGCCGCCUCGCUGUCCCGGGAGGCCUCGGGUCGCCCGCCGGUGGAGGCGGCGCCCGGCGAUGAGGCGCUCGCCCUGCAGGAGGCCGACGGCGGCGCGGUGCGCCUGAGGGCCGGGGACCCCUUCCCCGAGGAGACCAGCGCCCUGUGGCUGGCCGUGCAGAGCCUGGGCUUCACGCUGGUCUGCGAGCCCCACGAGAACCUCCUGCUGGCCGAGGGGACCCUGCGGAACCUGACCCGGCACUGCCUGGAGUCGCUGCACAUGCUGGGCCAAGGCAGCGAGGUCCUGCUGAGGAGCAACCGCGUGGACGCUCUGCUCAGCCGCCUGCUUCCUCACGGGCAGCUCCUCUUCCUCAACCACCGCUUCGCCCACAGCCUGGAGAAGGAAGCGGCGGCCUACGCGGCCAAGUGAACCCGGGGAGGAGGGCGUGGGGUUGUCGAGGACAAUGACGCAGCGUGACCUUGGGGAAGCCGUGCUUCACUGGGAACCUCAGAAACACGCCUUUUGUUCCCGGUGAGGGGAGGGGGGGGGGAAACGGCCCCCCCCUGUGUGUUUUCCGUGGGUUGCAUGAAGGACGGUUCAGUCCGAACCCUCUUUGUGUCGCUCUGAGCUCUGAAGAGACGCCACCGCCGUUUGGGCGCCGCUGCUCCGCGGAAACGUCCCCUUUUCCUGCUGGAAAGCUAGAAAGAAUCUGUCUGGAUUCCAACAUCAAUUCCUUUGAUCUUCCAUAAAGAUAAAUAAAUAAAAAAUAGUUUUAAGCACCGCCAAAGGCGUUUUCUUUGAAACUUGCGUACUCUGCAAUCAAGGACAGACGGUGCGUUUUUCCAAAAAGACGGACCCCCCGGGAACACUCAUUAAAAAUGACAGAACACACAAGGGAAGGAUUUAGUGUGUGUGUGUGUGUGUGUGUGUGUGUGUCACAUGGGGAAUAAAACGUGGUAAAUGGAGCCGGGGAUGUUGGCGAGUAGCUCGAUUUAACGUAGAAUCGGUCAAAAAUGAGGUCAAUCGUCACUUGAAGAUGCUUCCGGUGUCAUUCUUGUGAAAUGGUGUAAUUCUGCGGUCGUAGGUGACGACCUUCCUGCCGGCACCACUUAGCUUAAGUAUCCCGACUCCAGGGGCCACACGUUUGGGGGUUAAGUGGGGAAUCGUUUGCACCGUUUAGCCCACUCGGGUCCACAGUGUCUCCGUCCUCACCUCCGCCUUAUCGCCGUAGUAACUAUCAGGUCACUCACUUGGGGAUGCAGUGUUCAGUGCCAUUUUCAAAAUACACUUAUUUCAUAUGUUCGUAAGUCGAUUCCUUCCAAAGAGGAUUAUUAUUUGCGAGCAGCGUUUGGCAAACGCAUUUUAUCAAAAUAGAGUUUUUGUCAUUGGGACGUGAGAUGUUUGACCUUCACUUUGCGGAAUGAAGCGGAGCAAAUGACACGAGAAGCUUGUCUCUACAUCCGUCGGCUGAAGGUGGAAAAGCUUCUCACCUUAAAUCUGAAUUCAAUCGUAGACCCAUUAAAUUAUUUUAUGACAUCACAAAUUUUUGGGGGCCAGUCAUUGGCGCGC